UGAAUACGAACGGAUCAUAGAAAUUUUGAAAAUUUGCGCACGCGGCUUACAUUAAAAAGAAGACAUAGUCUAUACGACGCGACGUGACAUACGACUUGUGUGCAUACACUAACAUAAAAAAAAGUGUUUUAAUUUCAACAAUAAAGUGACUUUUAUCACUUUAUUUAAACAACCAUUAUUUUGAACAAAAAGCAAAGCAAAGAGUUUCUCCUCUCAAGAUGAGACACCUUAGCGUUAAGGUGUUGGUAGCGUGUCUUGCCACAGUGACUUUGGUCAACUGUAGCUUGAUCGCACCAAAAACGGAAGUUGUUGCCAAUGCUGAUCUAGCACACGAUCCAAACUUCAAUAAAAUGUUCCCCGAAGGCAAGAAAUUGACGUUCGUUGAUCCCGAUCAUCCAUCGAAUCACUUGGAUGUCGAGACAGUUCCCGAAAAGAAGAAUCAUGAUCUUGAUUUGGAUCCAGGGUUCAGUCGUAAGAUUUCCAAGCCGAAAUCCACAACAACUGUCAAGCCUGUUGAAUCCACGACGAUCAAUACCGCCAAAGUUGCUUCCAGCAAAAAGGAGGCCAAGGAAUUGACGGAUAAGGAAGUUGAAGAUAUGUACUACGACUCUGAAGAAGACGAUUACGAUGAUUAUUCUGACGAUACCUUGACCCAAGAUGAAACUAAGAACUUGUUGAAGCCCAUCAAGGACACCAAAACCAACAAAAAAGCUGAUUCCAAGACGCAAAUCAUUGAAGACGAACAAGAAAUCAUUGAUCAAUACGACUAUGAUGAAGAAGAAGAUGAUGACAUCGAUGACGAUGAAGAUCUCGAAGUAAACUGCCCGAAGAAUUGCGUCUGUGAGAAGAACAUGAAUGCAUAUUUCGUUGCUACUUGUUCUCGUUUGGACUUGGGAACACAAAAAUUCUCAACUUAUAUCACGGAUUUGCAUGUUCUUGAUGCCGGACCAAAAUAUCCCAUUGUCUUGUCGGAGAACAUCUUCAAGAAAAUCGGAUUGGCUCACGUUGUCUCCAUCAAGAUUACGAAUUGCACCAUUGAAUAUAUCUCGCCAUUCGCUUUCAAUGGCUUGGAUGAGUUGUAUUCCGUUAAUUUGACCAAUAACAACAUCGACAUCAUCCACCAAGAUACGUUCGCGAACAACACGAAACUUCGUCUCUUGAGUUUGUCGGACAAUAACUUAAGUUCGAUGCAGGAAAAGAACUCCCCAUACAAGAAUUACUUGUUGAAAUUACCCACCAUUGAGGAAUUGGACAUCUCCCGAUGCAACUUUUCCGAGUUACUUCCAACUGCAUUCUCGGAAAUGAAGAAUAUUGUCUACAUUAACUUGGCUGACAACAACUUGAAGACCUUGCCGGGAUCGUUGUUCAACAAAGUUGAAACUAUUGAAGAACUUGACUUGAGUAACAAUCAAAUUGCAACGUUGCCAAAACGUCUUUUCAACAAGACAUCUCUCUCAAUCUUGCACUUGAAGAACAACCUCAUCUCCGGAAACCUCGGUUUCAUCACGAAAGAUUUGUCGAAACUCGAUUUGAGCGGAAACUUGAUUGAAGCUGUGCACAGCGAAAUGUUCAAAUCCAUGGAGGGCAUCACGAAUCUCUUGCUUCGUGGAAAUGGCAUCGUCAAGAUCAACCAACAUGCCUUCAGCAUGAUGAAAGGAUUGCGUCAUAUUGAUUUGUCGCACAACUUGUUCGAAGAAUUGCAUGAAAUGUUGUUCUUUGCCAAUCGUGACUUGGAUGUCAUCAAGUUGAACGAUAACCCGAACUUCAAAUCACUUCCAGCCAAUGGUUUCCAAAGUGAGGUUAAGUCAUUCAAUGUUUACCACAUGGAUGUCAGCCAUUGCAACAUUGAUUUCUUGUCGGAAAAAACCUUCCAAACUAUGCCACAAUUGACGAAACUCAAUCUUGCCAUGAAUAACAUCAAGAAUAUCGGUACUGGAGUCUUUAGUUACUUGUCGAAAUUGUUGGAAUUGGACUUGAGUAACAACUUGAUCGAGACAUUGGAUCCUAAGGUCUUCGCGCAUAACGGAAAUAUUCAUAAAUUGGUGCUCGCUGCCAAUCCAAUGGAACGCUUGCAACCUGAGGUUCUUGCUCCAUUAGGAGUCCUUUCGGAGCUUGAUGUGUCGGAUUGUGAAUUGACAACUGUCUGGGGUGACAAGAACAGCAAGAAAAUGGCUGAAACCAUGUUCAAGAAGUUGAAGCACUUCAAUGUCUCCAACAAUAACAUCAAGAACAUCCACAUGUCAGACUUGAUGUCGAUGACCAACUUGGCUGUCUUUGACAUGAAAUUCAAUCCUAUUGAAUGUGACGAAACUUUCCGCGAUCUCAUUCAAUGGUUGACUGAAAGAAAGGUUGCCUCUGGAGACUCCAAGAAAGAGAGUCGCACCCAUGCCGAACUCAAACUGGACCUCGGAUGGAAGGAUCUCGCUAAGCAAGCUUGUAACGGUCUCAACAUGCAAGACUUCAAACCAACUCAGCGCAAGGAAAAAGAACAAAAAGAGGAACAAAUUUUGGAUGAAUAUGACGAUGACUCGUACGAAGAUGAAGACGACGAUGAGGUGAAGGAAAAUGAAUCAACGAUCGAUGAUAUUGUCGAUGAUGCCCACAUCUUGAAGGAUAGCGUUAAUACCAUCAAGGGAUUCGCUGAUGAUAUCUUUGGACGUGGAGAUCGCGUAACAAUCGAAGAAAGUCCCACAUUCUACACUUCCUACCAAUUCUUGUGGCCAAUGUUGAUGGUUGUCUCGAUCGUUGCCCUCAUCUUGCUGAUCAUCUCCAAGACGAUUGCCAUCUUGUCGCACCAACGCGGAGAACGCUACCGCCAGGCAUUGCUCGCCAGCAAAAAUUCCAUCAUCUAUCAAAAGUUAUCGGAAGAUCUUCCAACGGCACCGACAACACCAAAAGUCCAUCGUUAUGCCCCCAUUAGUCAAGUGUAAACAAGAAACAACAAAAAAAUCGCACAAAAUGGGCACUUUUAAGGGAGUUACAAAAAUGUACUUAAGUCUGAAAACAUUCCGUCUUACACACGAAGAAUUAUUUGAACUCAAAAUUUUUUUUUUUACACUUCAAUCCGAUCGAUCACACAAAUCGUGCCAUAGAAUUGUUCCAGAUCAGACCUUUGCAAUGCAAGAUUUGACAAGAAUUUUACUCCCGAAAAAAAUAUCAACCUACUUCCGCAUCCAGUACCCAAAAUUUGAGAA